GAGUGGGUGCAUGUGAUUGGAUGUGUGAACGAGUGGGUGGUAGAAUGACUACCUAUAGAGUGGACUGCUAGCGACCGACAAUGCGGGACUGCACACAAGAGUUCUCUUCUACAGAAGGAGCUUCUGAUCAAUAAUGAUCUAGAGAGAGAGAGAAGAAGAAGCAGCAGCAGCUCCAGCCAUGGCAACCAAAAGCUCCAGCGACCCUUCUCGGCCCCACCAACGAUUAUUAGGGAAAGUAGCAUUAGUAACGGGUGGCGCAACUGGGAUUGGAGAGAGCAUUGUACGUCUCUUCCACGACAAUGGUGCAAAAGUUUGUAUUGUUGAUAUUCAAGACAAUCUUGGCCAGCAUCUCUGUGAAACCCUUGGGGGUGACCAAAGCACGUGCUUUUUCCACUGUGACGUUACGGUAGAGGAUAAUGUCCACCGUGCAGUUGACUUUGCAGUGGAUAAAUUUGGCACACUUGACAUCAUGGUUAACAACGCGGGCUUAGCAGGUCGCCCUUCUCCAGACAUCCGCAAUGUGGACCUAUCAGAGUUUGAGAAAGUAUUUAAUGUGAAUGUGAAGGGAGUCUUUCUUGGAAUGAAACAUGCAGCUCGUAUAAUGAUCCCAUUGAUGAAAGGCUCAAUAAUUUCCCUUUGUAGUGUUUCAAGUGCCAUUGGGGGCAUGGGUCCACACGCAUACACAGGUUCCAAGCAUGCUGUUUCUGGACUGACUAAGAGUGUUGCAGCCGAGCUGGGAAAGUAUGGGAUACGGGUCAACUGCGUUUCUCCUUAUGCAGUUGCAACAAGCAUGGCUUUGGCUCACUUGCCAGAGGAGGAAAGAACUGACGAUGCCAUGGUCGGUUUCCGUGACUUUGUUGGGAGGAACGCGAACCUGCAAGGGGUGGAACUGACUACUGAUGAUGUGGCUAACGCUGUGCUUUUCUUAGCUAGUGAGGAAUCAAGGUAUAUAAGCGGGACUAAUUUGAUGAUUGAUGGUGGUUUCACUUGCACAAAUCACGCACUGCGUGUGUUCCGCUGAAAGUACAAUAUCCUUUUCAUGGGUGGUUUUAGUGGGGCAGGUUGGCGUUAGUGUUAUCAUAUGAUGAUUUAUUUUGUUCUUGUUAGUCUGCAAAAGUUGCCGGUUGCAAUGGGUGUGUUCAAUGGAUACAAACAAGCUUGAAAUACAUUGAAUACAUAUCAGAAUUCUUAUAUCGCUUGACAAAGCGGAGUGCCAUAUCCGUUGACCGAGAACACGCCAUAAAAUGAUUCAUGUCACUGGCCCCAAUUGAUUGGAAUGUAGGACUUACUUUGGUUUUCGCAGUCUCUGUAUUAGGUUUCAUGUAUCUUGUUUUCGUUACUCAUAAAGACCAAAUAUGUCCAAUUUUGCAUCCUUGCAAUAGGUAUAGAAACAAGUUUCCAAUUGAUUGGAUAUGUACUAGAAUGGCUGUAUCUGUUAAAGCAUGAAUAUUCAUCUUCUUCUGGUGA